CCCCGACCCAUUUCCGCUCAAACGGGACGUGACGCAAAGCUAGAAGAUGGCGUCCACAAAGCCCAAGGAUCGAUUUGGUUUGCUAGCUGUCUGCUGUUGAGCCGAACCGGGGCUCUGGGGCUCUGGCUGAGGGCUGACACCAUGGCGGCAGGUAGCUGCAGUCGUCUUCUCUCAUCCCGGAACUAAUGGUAUCGCUCCAUGUCCAAAGAAAGACGGCUCGUGUGGAUUCUCAGCGCCGAGGCUGGAAACACAAACCCGGGAAAUGCCAGCGGCCGCUUUGAUCCCAAACAUCGGAGGCUGUGAUUGAGGCUGACUUAGGGUCUUUAUUAGCACCAGCUAGACACACUGGGGCACCGUCCUCUGAUUGGCUGCGACAACUCAUCUCUGACAUGCCCGUGGCCAAUCAGAGGUGUGUUAUGUCGGAGGCGGAUGUGGAGAUGUAUCUAUCCCAGGUGCAUGAUGGGAGCGUGUCAUCGGGCUUCCGGGCGCUGUACGAGGAGCGUCUGCUGCUGGAUGUCACGCUGAUGAUCGACGAGCAUCAGUUCCAGGCCCACAAGGCGCUGUUGGCCACCCAGAGCGACUACUUCCGGGUCAUGUUCACAGCGGACAUGCGGGAGCGGGACCAGGACAAGAUCCACCUGAAGGGGCUGACGGCGGCGGGCUUCGGGCACAUCCUUCGCUUCAUGUACUACGGCUCACUGGAGCUCAGCAUGCCCACCGUGCAGGAGAUCCUACAGGCGGCGAUGUACGUGCAGCUGACGGAGGCGGUGGAGUUCUGCUGCUCCUUCCUGCUGGCCAAGAUCUGCCUGGAGAACUGCGCUGAAGUCAUGCGGCUCCUGGAGGACUUCAGCGUGGGUGUGGAGGGUGUCCAGGAGCAGCUGGACAACUUCCUCCUGGAUAACUUUGUCCCGCUCAUGAGCCGAGCCGACUUUCUGUCCUACCUCAGCCUGGAGAAACUGCAGGCGUACCUGAACAGCGACGCUCUGAGCCGCUACCCGGAAAUCGAACUGUACGAGGCGGUCCAGUCGUGGCUGCGACACGACCGGCGACGCUGGAGACACACGGACACCAUAGUUCAGUCGGUCCGCUUCUGCCUCAUGACGCCGGCAAACAUCUUUGAGAAGGUGAAGACGUCAGAGUUCUACCGCUACUCCCGGCAACUGCGCCAGGAGGUGGAGCAGGCCCUGAGCUACUUCCACGACGUCAAUCAGCAGCCUCUCGCCGAGACGCGCGCCAACCGCAUCCGCUCGCAGCGUCCGCAGACGGCCGUUUUCCGGGGCAUGAUCGGUCACAGCAUGGUGAACAGCAAGAUCCUCCUGCUGCAGCGCCCCAAGGUGUGGUGGGAGCUGGAGGGCCCCCAGGUGCCGCUGAGACCCGACUGCCUGGCCAUCGUCAAUAACUUUGCCUUCUUGCUGGGAGGGGAGGAGCUGGGCCCGGACGGCGAGUUUCACGCGUCGUCCAAGGUCUACCGCUAUGACCCCCGACAGAACUCGUGGCUUCGCAUGGCGGACAUGUCGGUGCCCAGGUCGGAGUUCGCAGUCGGAGUCAUCGGAAAGUUCAUCUACGCCGUGGCAGGCCGCACGCGAGACGAAACCUUCUACUCCACGGAGCGCUACGACAUCACCGAGGACCGCUGGGAGUUCGUGGACCCGUACCCCGUCAACAAGUACGGACACGAGGGGACCGUCCUGGGUGGGAAGCUCUACAUCACGGGCGGCAUCACGUCCUCGUCCACCUCCAAGCAGGUGUGCGUCUUUGAUCCGGGGCGGGAAUCGGCAGUGGCGGCGGCGGCGGCGGGAGGAGGAGCGGCGGCGGGAGGGGGCUCGGCCGGGCCGGACCCCUUCCGGACGCGCGGGGGCCGCGGCGCGCCGCUGCCCGGCUCCCACGCCAGCUGCUGGGAGAACAAAUCCAAAAUGAACUACGCCCGCUGCUUUCACAAGAUGAUCUCCCACAACGGCAAGCUGUACGUGUUUGGCGGCGUGUGCGUCAUCCUGCGCGCCUCCUUCGAGUCGCAGGGCUGCCCGUCCACCGAGGUCUAUGACCCGGACGCCGACGAGUGGACCAUCCUGGCGUCCAUGCCCAUCGGCCGCAGCGGCCACGGGGUGGCCGUGCUGGAGCGCCAGAUCAUGGUGCUGGGCGGCCUGUGUUACAACGGACACUACAGUGACUCCAUCCUCACCUUUGACCCCGACGACAACAAGUGGAAGGAGGACGAGUACCCCCGGAUGCCUUGCAAACUGGACGGCCUGCAGGUGUGCACCUUGCAUUUCCCGGAGUACGUGCUGGAGCACGUCAGACGCUGCAGCUGAGCUUCCAAACUGCUUGUGUUGUUGUCAGUCUGGGUUGCCAUCAUGGCAAACGUCCCUGUAACCCGCAUGUUACAUGUUACUGUACAGGCCUCUUUGUCACGCCAGCAUCACGCCACUAUCGCAGGUGCCACCGUGUCUAUCGUUGGACUCGUGUGCUCAAGCAAUUUUCACAUUCGGAAUUUUACAAAUCGACACAUUCCACACGAUCUCAAUCUCUUAUUUUCGGAUGAGGGCAGCCCUCACUUGGUUCAGGUUAUUGGUUCCACAUCAUUUCACCCGAGUCAUCUUGUCACUACUGUUAUUUUUGACUAUGCACUUUUUUUGGGGAUUGUUUUUUGUUUUGUUCUUGUCACAUGCUUAUUUGUUGUUUUUUUUAAAUGGCUACAGAAGUGUCAAACUGAUUGAUGAAUGUUUGCAAGGGGAUAUGUGUGUGUGUGUGUGCGCAUCGACUUCCUCCGGUGUUGCUGUCAAAGAAGAAACGUGAUGAAAAGUGAUGAGCUUGCCAGGUCGCAGCAUCCUUUAGUCUGUCAGUAGGCAAACAAAAUUAGAAGAUAAAAAAAACAUCUACAUACAGUAUUUCUAAAGUAUUUAUACAGUGUGUAUACUGUGUAUUUAUAAACACACACACACAAUUUAUUUUAUCGAUUGAUCUAUUCUUUUUUUUCAAUGAUCUGUAAUUAAUUAAUCAGAUUCUUUUUUUAAUCAUUCAAAUUUUCUUCACUUUAGUUAAAAAUCUGACAUUACAAAUUGCAGAAAAUGAAAACAAACCAAUUGUGACUUAGUUACGGGUUUGGUCCACAGAAUAGUGAAAAAUGUGAUCCUUGCUUUCCAAAGUAAAAGCGGAUGUUGACAAAUGUCUGAUUUUGAUUCAACAUGAUAAAGGGGCACUUUUCGUGAAGGACUACAGGAAAUUGAGAAUGCUUACUGUUGAGGGGCCACAAUUCCUCUGUGAUAAUUACAAGUUAAACUUUUAAUU